AUGAUGAGACAUUCACUCCUCCAAGUGGUGUUAUUACUGUUCAUCUGCGGUGCUAUGGCCGGACCUGCAUACGCCUGUAAUUACGAUGAAAUCAAAGAGAAGAGCGGUCCUCCUGUCGUUGUGGUGAGAGAAUUACCGAAGAAAGGAGAGGGCGCGUGGCAGGCGUAUACUGUGUCGACAUCUAAUAAGGAGAAUAGUAAUGAGGGUUGGGAACCACUGCGCAUCAAAGUAUCAUAUGAAGAUUUGAAAAGUGAUAAGUACUGUGUAAAAGAGAAAGAAAAGCGCAUGGAUUUUUUAAAUGGGGAAUCUGCUGAUUGUCAUGCUCAUGAUAUUAUGCUGCGAGGGAAAGAGGAAGCGAUCAAAAAUGAAAUUCUCCCUAAGGCUAUCAAAUUGCACACUGAUCGUCUACUCGUUCAGCGGAUGAAAACACCUUUGCAAGUACCAAAGUUCAGCAAACCUUCUGUUUGUUCUCACUUCACAAUUCCAGGCGACCGCGCACCUUAUGGUGUAGAAAAUGCUGAUUUUUUAUUGUAUGUGGCUGCUGGUCCAAGUAAAAAACUGACCUCUUUUACUUGGGCUGUAACAUGUGCUAUUGAUGAUCAAAGUAAACGUCCAAUUGUUGGUGCCAUGAAUAUUCAUCCAAUGCAUGCAGAUUUUACACGAGUUAAUGUUCGUUUGGCUGCACAUGAACUCGCACAUGCUCUUGGUUUUGACUACGAAAGGAUGAAGGAGCGUGGAAUGACAAGGUAUAGUAGCAGUUACCAUGACAACCGUGCGGUUAUUAUAUCUGCAAAGGUACUGGAAAAAGCAAGGGAUCAUUACUCCUGUCUUAGUAUCGAAGAAGUUGAAUUGGAACAUACAGCUGAAGGGAAUAUAACGUCCCACUGGAAUCGGAGUAACAUGAAGGAUGAGUUGAUGAGUAUGGUUUCAAAAGUUGGACAUAUUGAGGGCAUUGGUUACUACACAGCAUUGACAAUUGCAGCAUUUGAAGAUUUGGAAUUUUACAGGGGAGUUUUCGAGAAGGCAGAGAAUAUGAGUUGGGGAUACCAUGCUAAUUGCACUUUUCUCGCUGCCACUUGCAAGGAGAAGGACAAGCAAAUAGAGGCGGGUGACUCAUGCAGUGUGUACCGAGCGGGUUCCUGUUCAUCUGAUCGUUUGGGUUUGACAAAAUGUAUUCCACCCAAGGAAGGGGAAUCCAUCUGUCCUAUCUUUGAGUCAGAUCAGAGUUUUUUUUGUUCCACAGAGGAAGAUGUACCAGAUAGAGGUUUGGGAUUAGUGGGAAAGGAUUCUUGGUGCUUUGAUGUUGAUUAUCUGAACCUUAAAAUCGAGGAAAAUAAUAUGAAACAUGGUGUGUGCGCAGCAGUGAAUUGCAGUGAUAAUGAUGUGUUUAAGGUACAACUUAAAAAGAAUGGUGAGUGGUACAAUUGCCCAAAGGAGGGGGAUGAAUUUAUUAUACCAAAUAAGACAGACAAUCUUACGCACGUGAAAGGAUGGAUAAGGUGUCCCAAAUACUAUGAAGUGUGCACUAUGAAGUCCGAUGGAAGCAGUCGUCUCACUUCGCAUGUACAGGAAAAUACCCCACUGGAAAUAAAAGCUAAAUGGGUAAGCAGCACACCAACUAAUUCCAAUAUAAACGACCCUCCGUAUUCAUCAGUUCAGAGGGGCCAAAGUCCCCAAACGGUGACCGUUAAUAAUGCUCAGCAAACCACAAGCACUACCACUUCUGCAGAUGCAAACAGACAAAGAAGUUCCACAACACCAACUGCUACAGUAAAUAAUAAUGGUAAAACCACAAGGAGCAGUACCGAAUCUACAACAACCCAGGAAUCCGUUAAACAGGAAGAUACUAACAAGAACAGUAAAAAGGCAUCUAAUCGUCGUAAAGAUAACAGCAAGGCUACAAAGGUUUACUCACCACUUGUACUACUUGUUCUCGUUGUUUCGGCUCUGCUGAUAUCAUUUUGA